GAAGAGAAGUGAACAGCAGAAUUACAGAAGAGAAGAGUGAUAUAGAGAGAUGGGUACUUCUAGGGUGAGUGAAAUGGCUAUAUCCAUUGUGGUGGUCCUUGUUCUGUUGCAGCUCUUGCCUGCCAAUGGACAACCGCGUCAAUGCAACUUCAAACAAUGGUCACCAUGCCCUCCAAAGCCCAACAAUGGCUUGGGUCAUAUUGUUCUUGUACAUGGUGCAGGUCAAGGAGAAUGGUUCUGGUACAAGGUUACACCAAUAUUGGAGGCUGCAGGCUAUAAAGUGACAACCGUCCAACUUGGACCUUCAGUGACCAUGGAUGUAGAUUCAUUAGAAAACGUUUCGUUUUCGAGUUACUCACAGCCAUUAUUUGAUCUGUUGGAAUGCAUAGACCACAAGGUUUUGCUUGUGGCUCACAGUGCCGGAGGAUUCAAUAUUGCUGUUGCAAUGGAGAAGUACCCAAACAAGAUACUUGCAGGUGUCUUUAUUGCUGCUUACAUGCCUGAUACUACACACAGCAUGUCCUAUGUCCUCGAUCAGGGAACGAACUAUACAGAAGGAUGGCAAGACACUUGUAUCGUGAAAAGUGGGAGCACCACAUGGUAUUUCUUUGGUGAUGAUUUCUUGACAUCAAAACUCUAUCACAAGUGCCCUCCCGAGGAUAUUGCCCUAAUGCGUACGCAGAAAAGGCCAGGAUCGUUCUUUUACAAUGAAAUGGCUGAAAUGCAUCUAACAAAUGAGAAUUAUGGCUCAGUUGAUCGAUUCUACAUUGCAAUCGAAGACGAUUUAGCAGUUGCUACCGAAUAUCAACACGUAAUGAUCGCCAAUUUUCCUGUGAAGGAGCAGAAGCUGAUUAAUGGUUCUGGUCAUGAAGUUAUGCUAUCAAAGCCCUUAGAGUUGGCGGCUCAUAUCUUAGAUAUUGCCAGACAAUAUUCCUCUCACUCUAAGGCUAUUAGAGAUAGAACUUGGGCCGGUUGGGUGGAGAUGCGAGCCAAACCAAAUUCCCUACGUGGUGGCUGGUGGGUUUGAACCAUCUGAACCCUAGAAGUCCGGUCUUAGUUUCUAUAUACUGCUACUGCAGCGGGAGGGUACCAUGGUUUUUGUGUUGGGUUUGCUAUGCUAUCUGUGUAUGAACAAUAAAUGGUACUAUCAUCUAUCAGCAAUAAUCAACUAUUGCAACUUAGUUGUGCUUUCUAUGUUAAUGAAAUAGCUCCAUCUAUCAUGGUUCUAAGUA